AAGCUUUCUUGUAUUCUGUGUAUUUUCAUAUACAAAAAAAAUAUGUUUCUUGGGAUUCCUUUUAAUAAUGAAACUGAUUUUUUUAACCACAAGUGGUAAAAAUGAAACCAAACUUUGUUAUUUUAACCUACAAGUGCAGUGAAAAGCAUUAUCAAUCAAUGUGUAGAUAGAGAUUCGAUAUUGUUGAUAAGAUGAAGUUAAUAUUACUAGUGUUUAUUACUUUGAAUAUCUGUAACACUAUAUCAGCUCAAAAUGAGAACUGUACCAGAACUAGCAGCCGUUGUGACUUUAAACAAAACGUUCGUGAGUUGUCUGACUCUUUGGCGACAAAGUUCAGUGAAAUUGUGGUCAAAGAGCUAGGGAGUGAAUAUACAUCGCAUUUGGAGAUUAGAACUGCUUACAAAGUGAACCGCUACCAUACCUCUGACACAAAUACUCUCAUCAAUAUAGCUGACAAGUUAAACUAUAAACUCUCCUCUGCAAUAAAUAUUCUAAUGGAUAUGAACAAUGCAAUAAAUAAAACCGAUACUCCGUCCUUUACGCAUCCCUGUCCAUUUAACUCAAUCCGUAAGCCUGUGUUUAUACAAAAUUCUAAUGUUUUUGAUGAUAUUUCUUUAGUCAAUAUGAGGUCUAGUAUGUUGGACCGGUUUAAAGACUUGAAGGUCAAAAGACGGUAUUUUCUGUCCCACAUGGAUUAUGCAACUGAUAGAGACUGUGCUACUAUGCCACGAUCAAAUUUGAGAUACUUAUAUCACAAAAUAGUCCAUUCCGAUCCUAAACUUAUUGUCUUUGUUAUAAACAACAAUAUGAAAACAGAGUCACUACAGCAUGCUAUCAAUGUCGCAAAAGAAAUUGUUUAUUCACUACAAAGCACGGAUUUAUUUGCAUUAAAGAUAACCAACAUGACUGGCUUUAUUAAAUUUGAAGAUACCUGUAGUAGUGAUUGUAUGUCAGCCUUGUUAAAUGGGACAGACAAUAACAAAAUGUUGUUCAGUGAGUACCUAAGUACUUUUGAAACAUCAACUAUCAACAUCCCACCAGCUGUGAUUAAUGAAGAAAUCAUAGCAUUGUUAAACAGUACAAAACUACCUGUGUACAAGUUAUUCAUUUUCCUCACAGAUACAAAGAUAUUUCUGGAUGAAAUGUGGUAUAAAUUAUUUCCUUUUAACCAGUAUAACAAAGACACAAAUAAAUUUACUAUUGGAUUAAUAAAGACAUAUGAAAAUUCAAAGAACAGCUCUUUGGAAAUUCUGCAUUUUGACAAACAACAUAAUCAUUCACACGAACACUCAGUUAUGAAACGUCAUAUUAACAACAGUGGAGUUGUUGGACAAGUUGCCUCAGCAUUCAUUUCUCUGCUUCCUUACAAAUAUGAAAAUAAACUGCAAGCUGAAGGUCCUGUAUGGGAAGCCACCAAGAGAGAUUUCAUGAUAUCACUAGUAUACCCUAUAUCUACAGGCAUAAUAGGAUUAGAUCUCUAUUGGUCGGACUUGGCAGAAGAUAUAAUUUAUUUUAAAGGAACAAACCAAAAAAAGAGGGCAUUUAUUAUGGAUUUUGCUGGUAAGGUUCUUAUGCAUACAUAUUUUCCAAGACCAGAAGCAGCCUCCAUUAAGAUUAAAUUUACGAAUUUAGAUGCUGUAGAAAGAAAUAGUAAUAUCAGUAUUGUAAAACAAAAAAUAUUCAGUAUUGCAUCAGGCAACAUUACAAUAGAUAGUAAAAAUUCUUCUAGAAAGAUAACAUACUCAUGGGAAUGGGUGCAGAGCUUAUAUAUUGUCUGUGUGGUGUCAGAAGUUACUGACAACAGUUUAAUGAAUAAGUCAAAUGUGUUUUUUACAAGAACCGGCAAGGAAAUCUUGUUGCAUAGAAUAGAUUUAUUUCCGCCUAAAACUGGUAAGAUAUGUCGUCAUUUUAAGCAAAUUGCCACUAUUGAUCAGGGUACUGUGUACCUAAGCCCUUCCAGUUUUCAAUCACCAUUUACUUAUCUAUAUGAUAUGGGUGAUGGGCAAGAAGCAGUUACGUAUAUGCAAAAUUACUUAGCGUAUUUAAGAAGUGUUGCUCAUGGAUUGCUUUCUAAUCCAGGGCUAAAGAAUGAAAUACAACAAGAUGUUGGAUUCUUAAAUUUUAUACUAUCCUUUUAUAAACGUCAGCAUUUACAUGGGCCACAUUCUAAAUAUAUUGUAAGAAGGUAUGCAGUCACAGAGAAUGGUGUUCUGGUCAUGUUCCCUGGUACAGUUUUGGAGUAUGAUUACGAGCCAGUGCGAAGGCCAUGGUACAUGUUUGCUUUAGAAAAUCCUGGAAAAGUUAUAUUAACUCCUCCCAAUUUGGAUGUAGGUGGCGCUGGGUAUAUAGUUUCAAUUUCUUAUGCUGUACGAAGUCCCAUCUAUCCCACAAUGGUUGUGGCUAUGGAUGUCACAAUGGGAUUUCUAUAUAAGAUUCUUAUUGAUAGUUCACCUUUGUGUGCCAUUUCUUAUGUUAAAUGUUUCAUUAUGAAUAAUCGUGGCUAUUUGGUGUCUCACCCAGGCUUGAUGGAUCCAAACCGCUCAGGUCCUAUUGAACAGCAACAUAUAACACAUAAAGAAUCCAUGAUAGCUAUUGAUAUGUUGAAUCACAAGGGUUUUGUGACCAAAAGGUUGUGUAGUAAUUUUUAUGACAAAACUAUUCAAAGAUUCUACGAAUUUAAUACUUCUUUACCUGAUGUUCUGUCAAAUGUGGUAUCAGCUGAUCAUUGUGUACAUUAUUACAUUGCUUCUAUUCCUGGUACAAAUGUUUUUAUAGGUGUUGUGAAUGCGUCUUGCAGUGUCGGAGCUUUCUGCCCCUGCAGUAUGGUUGAUCGUCUAUGUCUUAAUUGUAAUCGUAUGGAACAAACAGAAUGUGAAUGUCCGUGUGAGUGCAGUUCAGAAUCUUAUGAAUGCCCCAAUGCCAACGCUUCAAGACUGGAUCAGAAUAUUCCAGUGUGUGGCAUGAUGCCAGAAAAUAACAAGCAUAAAUCCCACUACUUCCACAACUUUGCUGAAAAUUUGAAGUCCUGUUUUGACUUUCAGUGUGAAACUUACAGCAGUCACUCGUCUUGUUUAGGCGUAUUAGGUUGCGAGUGGUGUCAGAUCGAUGCGGAUGCACGGACGCCUCUGUCAACCCCAUUCUGUACGUCACAGUCCACCUGCUUCAAUGGUGUUCUUGGUGCUGUCACUCCAUACGGUGAGGGGACAUUCGGUCAUGUUAACAGAGAUGCAUUUGCCAGUUAUUCCGCUAUUGGUCCUAUAGCUGGGUGUAUUGUUACAGUAAGUCUGAUUAUAGCUGUUGCCAUAUAUUGCUACAGACAAAACACCUCAUCGGAUAGUUGCCACAACUUGUAUGUCGAUGGACCAGCAGAGACGUGGCAUGAUGCUGAUGUUCAAAUGAGUCAUUUGCCAUCUGACGACAUGCCUGAUAUGUCUGGCCACGAUAAACUUUUGCCUGCUAUGGAAAUUGAAGCUCCUAUUUCACCGUAUCGUGUAGUCACAGGGUAUAGGCGACCUCAUACUGCUGGUGGAUCAGACCAUGGUUAUUCGACGAUGACACCCCACGAGGAUUCCGAGGCUACUGGAUUUUCAGUUAAUGAUCCUACAAUUUUAUCGGAUGACACCAAGUCUGACGCCAGUUUUCCUGCCCCAGCGAAAAUUAAACCACGGCUCAAGGUUGCCGAUCUUACAAUGACAGUAUUGCCCUGCGGUAAAAAUAGUGUUAUAGCCCCAGUCACAGUUCACAGAAAUAUGGAAGCAUCCUAAUUAUGUUUUAGAAUAGUAAACUACCUCCUUUGUACAGAGAUAAAUCAUGAUUGUGAUAUAAUAGUUACUCGCAUACUUUAAGUUUGCAUUUACAUGAUAAAAUGCUAUUUUUGUAUUCUUACUUUCUGGUGCUUGACAAUAUGCUUUCAUGUGACCAUAUUUGUAAUACGAUUAAUUAUUAAACUUUAGUUUUUUUUUAAAAUAGGGAUUAAUUACUGUUUUCUUAUUAAAUAUUCAG